AUGGAAGAUCUUAUAUUUGACGAGGAAGAUUUCCAAUCAGUGGAGGAUAGAAAUGAAGGGACCCGAGGUCCAAGUGAUAAGGAAAAUAACGAUGAUAUUUUAGGGUUAGAAAAACCAAUUAAACUUACGCAUCGAAUUAAAAUUGCAAAAAUAGAUGAUGAUAGAAUACUUAAUAAGCCAAAUGGGAUCGCUGAAAUAGUCAAGAACCAUAAUAGAGUAAAUAGAAUCAUUAAGCGGAAUGAUUCCAAGUUAGCCUCGAAGUUAUCUACUGCUUCAAGCUCAUCAAUGAAGAAGAAACUUAAAUUUCAAAAUGAAUUUGAUAAUCUUUCAUCAGUUUUACAAUUCUAUCAAUUGUGGUGUCAUGGAAUAUUCCCCAAGGCAAACUUCAAAGAUUGUUUGAAGUUAAUGCGAGCAUAUGGUGCGAAAUCAUCUCGUAUGAAGUUGUAUAGACGUGAGCUACUUGACCAAGAGAUAAAUAAACUUAAACAAGCCAAUGGCAUGUUUGUUGAGGGUGAAUCAUCUGUACCUCAUGCAAUGCAAGAUGAUGAACCACAGCAAGAAGAGGAUGACGCGUCCAUUAUUGCACAACCUUUAGCCACCGUGUCAGGUACUACGGCUGAACCUGAAGAAGAUGACGACUGGAGUUUUAUGAAUACUUCGACAAGAGGACGUAAUGCUCUAUUCUUGGACGAUGAUGACGAUGAUGAUGAGGGUCUUUAUAGAGUUCCUCCAACUCAGGCAGAACUUCUGCAACUGCAAGAUCCUUCGCAAACCCUGCAACAGCCUCAAACUCAACCAAUAUCACAAAAUAAUGAUAAUAAUAAUACUAAUAACAAUAAUGCCAACUCUACCCCUAAUGAAAACAAUAUAGAUGAUGAUGAUAAUGACCCUUUCUCCGAUGAUGAUGACAUAUUCACGUCAGUUCCUACGAAAUCUAAUACAACGACUGAAGAAUACCCACCUGAAGGUGAAUUUGAGGACAAUGAGGAACAGGAGUAUGAUAACGAAAUGGAUAUCAUGAGAGAAAUGGGAUUAUAG